AUGGAUGAGUCCAUUGACUACUUGGAUCAACCAUGUUAUGAUACCAUUAAUAGAGUUAAACUUUACAGCGAGUCUUUGGCAAGAUAUAGCAAAAGCCCUUACCUUUAUCCACUCUAUGGACUUGGAGAACUGCCUCAAGGAUUUGCAAGGUUAAGUGCCAUUUAUGGGGGUACCUACAUGCUGAAUAAACCAACUGAAGAGAUCAUUGUGCAAAAUGGAAAAGUGGUUGGUGUAAAAUCUGAAGGAGAGAUUGCUCGUUGCAAGCAGCUUAUCUGUGACCCCAGCUAUGUGAAAGAUCGGGUAGAAAAAGUGGGCCAGGUGAUUAGAGUUAUCUGCAUCCUCAGCCACCCUAUCAAGAUCACCAAUGACGCCAACUCCUGCCAGAUCAUUAUUCCACAGAACCAAGUCAACCGAAAGUCAGAUAUCUAUGUUUGCAUGAUCUCCUUUGCACACAAUGUGGCAGCACAGGGCAAGUACAUGGCCAUUGUUAGUACAACUGUGGAGGCCAAGGAACCAGAGAAAGAGAUCAGGCCAGCUCUGGAGCUUUUGGAACCAACUGAACAGAAGUUUGUUAGCAUCAGUGAUCUCUUUGUGCCUAAAGAUCUGGGAACAGAGAGCCAGAUCGUUAUUUCCUGUGCAUAUGAUGCUACAACUCACUUUGAGACAACCUGUGACGACAUUAAAGACAUCUACAAAAGGAUGACAGGAUCUGAGUUUGACUUUGAAGAAAUGAAGCGCAAGAAGAAUGACAUUUAUGGGGAAGACUAACAGCAGUACACGUUAAUUAGGACAAAUUUUAAAUUUGGCAAAUAAUGUACAUUGUAUGAAAUCAAUAUUGCAAGGCCUGCUUUUUUAAUCAGAAUGGAGAUUGAAGAGCGCUGUAUCAGUAAACACUCCUUCCCAGCACUUUUCUAAUAUCAUGUAUUAACUUGUCAAAAUUGGUCAGUUCUGUUCCACUUAACCAAACUGGCUUUUUUUCCUAGUGAAGGAACAGUUCUUAACAAAUACUGUUAUCAAUAGAGAACUGGACACAGAAUUUAUAUCUUUUAAUCAGUGUAACUUUGCAAUUGUGGGCUUCUGCUCAAAAACUGGAUCCAUACAAUUUGUGCCAUCUUGAUGUUGAGUCUAAGUUGAAUAUUCCAGAGUCUAGGGCAGCACCACCACAUUUUCCCUAUAUUUCAUGUUACACGAGGGAUAAUAGCAGGGCCCAAAUAGGAUAGCCACGGGUUUGGUUUAUUUGGACAUAAACUGCUCACCCUGGAGGAAGCCAGCAGUACAUGGUUUUAUCCUGGUAAAAUUGAUGAGAAAGGGCAAGGAACUUAUCAAACAGCAAGUCAAACGUACAAGCAUCUCUUUAAUCCCACAUGUGGCUUCUUCAAUGGACCAAGCUGCAAGGCAGUAUUGAUUUGACAGAGCCUCUAUUUCAAUGAUGUUUGUGUCAAAAUGGCUCCAUAUGAUUUCUGUACUGCAAAAUAAAGCCAAACUC